CUUCCCGGUAAACUGGGCGGCACGGCGGGGGACACGGAGUUUUACUCUUUAAAAAUCAACUUUUAUUCACCCACUUAAUAUGUUAUGCUUCAGAGCGACUUAAAACCAUCCCAGCGUGCGGACAGGGAGUUUGGUACAAAGGGAGCUCUAGUGAAAGGGGAGUUGCAGACUGAACUGGCAGGUCUUGCCAUUGCGUCGCCAAGAGUCCGGAGGCUGAGGUUUGUGUGGACAUUUCUGGGAAAACCUCCAAAGCUUUUUUUUUUUUUUGCCAGGGAGAACCUGGGAAGAAGCACAGCCGCGUUCUCCUGUGCAGACUCAGCGCAGGUUUCCAGCGAAGUUCAGACUCAGAUUUCAUGCGUUUUGUCGGAGGUUUCUUCAGGUUUCUUCUUCCCUCACAAAGAGGAUCGCAUCACAGUUUGUUGGGGAUGAAGCAAUGAGGAUUAACUGGGUGAGUUCAUUAUCAGAGUGAAAACGUCAGCUUGCGUGUAUUUUGGAGAUGUGACGUGGUCCAAAACUUUUCCAAAGACUUCAUUCAUUUUCUCUGGGGGUUGAGGAAUUACUACAAAGUUGUGGAUGCUUGUGUAACGGAGAUGAUACACAGUCCUGAUCUCCUGGGAUUAUACUUGAAAACCGAAGUGUUGCUGAGAUGAAGUUGUGGAUAUAACUGUUUACGCACUGCAAACUCUUCUCUUAUUCGCCGUGUCUGUCAAAUAAAGAGCAGACAGUGAAGUGGACUUCCCCUGUAGAAGGCAUGCUCUGAAAAAGAUCCCUGUCAGACUUGUUAUGUGCCGAGCGCGCUGUUCGUCUUCAUCGGGAAUAAACUGACUAACAACCUCAGAUGCACUAAAGACGCGCCAGGAUCACGGGUCCACCGCUGGAUCUUUACCUUUCCCUCAGAGAGUGUUUAGUCUUCUUUGUCUGACAUCUCGCCAGAAUGAGGGCUCUCGUUCUCACUUUAGCUCUGAUUUAUCUGCUGACCUGGAGAGGCGAAGCCGACGAACAGACUCCUGUCAGGCGGGUUUACCAACGCGCAAGCCUGGGACGUACACAGGUGGGCGCAUCGGCCAAGGGGCGCCCCGUCAGACGUAUGUACCCUGGGUUUGCUUCCGCAAUCUCUUUGAACGCGCCUAAGGAUGGGGAAGAUGUACAGGCUGACGAGGCUGUGCCAGUUUCCGCCAGGACGGGGACUGUGCAGGGCAGGAGAGCAGGGGGUCAAGGUCUGGUCCCAAGGAGAGGGGUGGCCGGACAAAUUGGCUUGCCCAGUCUACCGGACUUGCAGCAAGAUGAAGGCACUCCAGGGGCGAGAGCCAGGGUCACUCGGAUGCCCAGCGGCGCCGGGUCACCAAAUCUUCUGGCCAGUUUCGCAGGGAAGAACCGCGUCUUGGUGAUCUCCGCGCCUCAUGAGUCAGAUGGCUACUACCGGCUGAUGAUGUCUCUUCUGAAACCAGACGUGUACUGCGAGCUCGCCGAGCGACAUGUCCACCAGAUUGUCAUGUUUCACCAGGAGGGCGAGAUGGGGGGCAAGGUGAGGAGGAUCACCACGGAGGGGAAGGUGAUGGAGGAGCCGCUGGACACAGCACUCAUCCCCAGACUCAUGAGCUUCCUCAAACUGGAGAAAGGUAAGUUUGGGAUGGUGCUGCUGAAGAAGACCCUGCAGGUGGAGGAGAGGUACCCCUACCCCGUGAGGCUGGAGGCCAUGUACGAGGUGAUUGACCAGUCGCCCAUGAGGAAGCUGGAGAAGCUUCGGCAGAAAGGCUUUGUCCAGAAGUGUAAAGGAGCAGGUGUGGAGGGUCAAGUGGAGGAGGGCACGCUCACAGCAGUAGAAACACCUGUAGAAAGAAAACCAGGGAAGAAGAUACCAAGGAAGCCCACACAGGCAACAACAACAACAACCACCGCCACAACAACUACACGACCAACCACCACAACCACCACAACUACAACCCGGCCCACGACAACCACCACAACAACCAGAGCUACAACAACAACAACCAAACCUACAACAACAACCACCAAACCCACCACUACCACAACCAGAAGAACCACCACCACCACCACAAAAAGACCCACCACUACCACCACCCAGAGACCAACCAGAGCCCACACCACAGCCCCGUGGCUCCCAGCCCCCAGAACCACUGCUGACCCUUACUAUUACAACCGCAGAGAGAGGGAGAGGUACCCGGCUAAAACCACCCCAGCUGGAGAUAAUCGCACUGACAAGGACAACAGAGAUCCACACAGUCGCAAGCUGGUACCUACUACACAAAAACCCUCCAAGAUCAAACCCACCAAGAAGAAGAAUGGAGGAGAGAAGAUAUUGGCCAACGAGUACGAGGACAAGUAUGAACCCAGCAAGCCGACAGUGGGUGAUCCCGAGGAGACAGAAACCUUCACUGACAUCAGUCCCACAAAGAAGGUCAAGGUCAAGCACAGUAAGCAUGACAAGAAGAAGAAGAAGAAUGACAAGACAGCCAAGAAAGCAGAGAGGAGAGGAAAACCAGGGAAGGAGGGGAAGAUCGGGGGAAAGAAAAAUGCAAAGAAACUGUUAAAGUACCCCGAGAAAGAGGACUACCCAAAACCCACUAAGAAGCCAUCACCCACUCCGAAAGGAUCUCUGGCUUCCUUCCUGGACUACUUUGAGAACAGGAGGCGGCUGCUGCUGAUUACGUCCCCCAGUGAGGAGAACAGUAUGUAUGUUCAGCAGAGGGAUGAGUACCUGGAGUCUGUGUGUGAAAUGGCCAUCAGGAAAGUCUCCAUCAUCACCAUCUUUGGCUCCCUGACCAACUCCACCAUGAAAAUUGACCACUACCAGCUGGAGAACGACAAACCUAUGAAGGGGCUUCGUCAGGAGGACCUGGUGAAUCAGGACCUGAUCACAGAGCUGAGGAAAGAGUUCAGCAUGAUGCAUGAUGACUUCUACAUGGUCCUCACUGACACCGACAUGAGAGUCAAGCAAUCCUAUGAGGUUCCCAUCGCCAUGAAGGCUGUGUUCGACUACAUCGACACAUUCUCCUCCCGCAUCCGAGAGAUGGAACAGCAGAAGAGAGACGGGGUCGUCUGUAAGAAAGAGGACAAGCCCAGAUCGUUGGAGAACUUCCUCUCCAGGUUCCGUUGGAGACGUCGCUUGUUCAUCAUCUCCGCCCCCAGCGACGAGGAGUGGGCCUAUCAGCAGCAGCUCUAUGCCCUGACCAGCCAGGCCUGCAACCUAGGCCUGAGGCACAUCGCCAUUCUAAAGUUGGUCGGCACGGAGGCGCCGGAUAUGGGCGGAGUCUUGGAACUCUAUCCUAUCAAUGGGAGUGCUACUGUGGAGCGUGAAGGGCUGUCAGCCACCCUGGUGAAGGACAUGAGGAACUACUUCCAGAUCAGCCCGGAGUACUUCUCUAUGCUGCUGGUGGGGAAGGACGGCAACGUUAAGUCCUGGUACCCUUCACCUAUGUGGUCCAUGGCUAUCAUCUAUGACCUGGUAGACUCUAUGCAGCUACGCAGACAGGAAAUGGCCAUCCAGCAGUCACUUGGCAUGCGCUGCCCUGAGGACGAGUAUGGUGGCUAUGGCUACCAUCAACAUGGCUACGAACAUGGUUACCAAGACGGCUACCACCAGGGCUAUGGUUACUAACUGGUGUUUUGGGUGUGCGCUAACCGAGGGAUGCACAAGUUAACUCCUCCCUUGGCUUUGCAGCUGGUGCUUGGCUUCAUCAGACCUGUAACCUUUGACCCGUAACCUUUUUAAAUCUUUCCUACCCAUCCACCACCAGGCAGUUGUCACAGAUGAAGCAGUCCUUGAAUGUUUUGUAGCACUUAGUGGAAGCCUCAAACCUGCUGCUUUCACCUAUCCACUUCUUUGAUAUAGUUUCUAGCAUAGUGUGCUGCGAAUACUGCUAAUUUUCAGGGGGCUUUAAUCGGAGCAAGUUAGUCCGUAACGCGUAGAUGAGCCUGGAGGUUCACGAAUCUAUUGUGUACUUUAGUUUUACGUUUUUCGCAUUACUGACUUCAGACGGUGUUUUGCACGUUGUAACGUUAUGUUUCCUUCUCUUGGUCAAAUUUACAUCAUCAUGUUAUCAGCACAGACCUUUAUUUUGUAGAUAAUGGGCUAAAAUAAGACAUAUAUGUAUUUAUUGGACAUCUGUUGCAUUUGAGGUGCAGUCAACAAAUAUUUUAUGAAAAGAAGCUGUCACAUUAUUUCUCUUUUGUAAAGUCUCUGUUGCUAUACAGUGUCCUUAUUUAUACUCUGUUGUCCUAUAUGAAAAAUAAACAUUUGUUUACUACCA